AUGGAGUUAGCGAACACCAGAGACUUCCAGUGGAAAACCCUCGCCCCGCUGCCGAGCCGCAGGGUCUACUCCACCUUGGUGGAAGCUGGCGGGCAGGUGUUUGCCAUCGGGGGCUGCGAUGACAACGGGAUCCCCAUGGACUGCUUCGAGGUCUACUCCCCCGAGGCCGACCAGUGGACCUCGCUGCCCCCCAUGCCCACGGCCCGGGCCGGGGGGGCCGUGGCCACCUUGGGCAAGAGGAUCAUGGUGAUAGGAGGGGUCGGGGUGAAUCAGAUGCCGCUGAAGAUAGUGGAGAUGUACAACGUAGACGAGGGCAAGUGGAAGAAGAGGAACUCGCUGAGAGAGGCAGCCAUGGGCAUCUCGGUGACGGCAAAAGGCAAGGAGGGUUCGAUCCUCCCCGGGCAGGGAGGGAUGCCUGCAGGGUGAUGGGAUGGGGAGGACCUGCGGCCGCACAACUACCGGCAGCACUACGACAUGCUGAAGGACAUCUGGGUGUCGCUGGCGGCCAUGCCCACACCCAGGUACGCUGCCACGUCCUUCCUGCGAGGCACCAAGAUCUACGUGCUGGGUGGAAGGCAGUCCAAGUACGCGAUCAAUGCCUUCGAGGUCUUUGACACAGAGACCAGGUUGUGGACCAAGUUCCCCAACAUCCCCAACAAAAGAGCCUUCUCCAGCUUCGUGCCUACAGAAGACAAGCUCUUCAGCCUCGGGGGCCUGCGACAGGGACGGCUCUACCGGCAGCCCAAGUUCAUGAGGACCGUGGACAUGUUUGACAUGGAACAAGGUGGCUGGAUGAAGAUGGAGCGCUCGUUCUACCUGAAGAAGAGGCGAGCAGACUUCGUGGCUGGCUACCUGAAAGGCAGAGUUGUCGUGGCUGGGGGACUCGGAAACCAGCCCACUGUCCUGGAGUCUGCAGAGGCCUUCCACCCCGAGAAGAACAAGUGGGAGAGCCUGCCGCCCAUGCCCACCCCACGCUGCGCCUGCUCCAGCAUCGUGGUGCGGAACUGCCUGCUGGCCGUCGGCGGGGUGAGCCAGGGCCUGAGCAGUGCCGUGGAGGCUCUCUGCCUCUCUGAGUCCUAG